CCCUCAGAUGAUGCUACACUCCCACUCGGCAGCAGCUGUAUGCAUAAUCUCUCUGCGAACAUGUAUCUAAAUACAUAUGUGGGCGGGGUAUCUGUAAUAAAAACAUAUCUGACACUUUGUACAGCAGAACACCAUUGGCAGAAUUUCCAUAUUAAAUCAAGACGUUCACUGACUUCUUCUUGUUUGCUGCUGCCUCUGCAUCCCUCACGUUUUGCCUUUGAAUUGCAAACAACCUUCUCGGGAAGAGAAAAAUCUGCUCCUGCUUGUUAUGCAUCUGCUAAUAAUUCAUUGUGUACAGUCGCUCCUCCAUUUAAAGGGUGUUCUUUUUCAAUUUGAACGUACUGCUGACGUCACUGGUGCGAUAACCUGCUUCCAUGAUAAAAUCUCAUAAAGCUGAAUAGUUAGAUUGCUACAGUUUCAAUUUGUAAAUGUAAACCUGUUACUCUGAUGUGUUGUCUUAUAGCACAACAGUCAUAUGUGUGCUAUUUCUCUCAUUCCAACUGCAUUGUCUUCAUUCCAUUUUCCAACCUGGCACAGUGCACAGUGUGCAAUAAAACUCAAUAAAUGUGUCAGAGUGAGACACACAUUUUGCCAGUGAAUAUUAAUUAGCUGUUGUUUCUCUGUCUGAUUGUUAGUGGUGAUAGUCUGCCUAGAGACACGUUUAUGUCUAUUUUUUCAUCCCCAUUCUGCAGGCACCGUUUACUUCGAUUUCUUUUGUUUCCCCUCAAAAUAGACUACAUUUCAUUAUGAUCAUUGAAAAAUGAAAUGUUACGAGGAAAACAAAACGAAAGCUAAAUAAUUGUAGUGGUGCGUGCCAGAGACAUUACAUCUGUGAUGGAGAUACCAAAGUUCAUUUGAAUACAAAAUAGACAUGACCUACAUUGCCAAACAUCAGAGCGAUGAAAAGUAAAUCUGGUGCACACUGGGCAUGGAUACUGGCUCGUUAUGGUGCUCCUUUAACUGUGACUCAGACAAAGUCAUGAUGUGGGAAAGUGAGUGGGCAUGCGUGUUUGUGCGUGUUGUGUCCUUGUCAAAAAUGUGUGUGCACACUCGCAUGCAGACACUUUAAUGGUAAAGAGAUACUUGUGCUCGUGUUUAAAUGUGCACGAGGGUGCAAAAAGGGCAAGCAUGAGUACAUGCAGCCAUGUGUGUGAGAAAAGAGUCAAAGGGCUUGUGAUGGUUCAGUGCAACUAAGGAAAGCUUUGGAGUUGGAGCAAAUUUAAUGUGAGGAUUUCACGCUGCUUUGGAGAUUGUUAAAAGUUAGAGGCAUCAGCUGCACCUUACUCGGGGAAGGUACACACUAUCUCAACAACAGGAUCCGAUUUGCAAGAGCCACAGUGAUCCAGAUGGGGUCCUCUGCUCACUCAACCGCUCCAGACUUGACUAAGAAACACUGAAUGGAUGGCAGCUAUUUAAGGAGAGACACGAGGCAAGGCCAUUCUUCUUUCUUUUCACAAAAGGGAAGGCUUCCUAAUCCAAAGAGGAAAUUGUGCAAGACGUGUCAGUCCUAUUAACUUUGAUGACUAAUGUGUGUAUGUGUCUGUGUGUCUGGGUGCUUGUGUGUGGGUAACGAUACCUUGGUAUAUUUUCAUUUUGCUCUGUGAAAAGAGGCUGCUAUGGCUGUUCUGUCAGAUAGUCGCACUAAUGUGUCUCCUCUUUUUCCUCUGCAGGGCCCAUUGAGAUACUUGAGUUACGAGUGGAAGCUUGUUUCUCACACCGAUCGACCCUGGUUGAUCAGGACGGGAGGAGCCAGAGCUGAGGCCAAGCAACAACCUUUCUUUUAUUUUUAUUUUUUUACAUAUAGCACGAAUGGCUCUCAAUCACCAGGAGAUCCUCAGAUUCAUACUUUUACUUUUGAGCACAGUUGUGCCGGGGCAACGUUACUGUGGAACUGGGGAAAUAGGAAGUGUAUACAGAUUGAUGAAUUCAUAGCUGUGGAUGUGAUAUUUUUGUAACAUAGAAAUAGUUGAAUUAAAGAUUAGAAAGCUGCUGAAACCCUAUCAUCAAAAGUAAAGGCGGCAAGUUUAGAUGAAGAGGUACAAGAUGGGGUGAAAUGAUGUCAGCCAGUAUUUGAUUGAUGGCUACACAGUUUUUUGUUUUUUUCUGCGCAUACUCAGAUGGAAAUCAAUAGCUCCACUCAACCGAUGGAAUUUGCCUUUUAGGAAUUGGAAUUGUUUGUGUCUGGGGAGCCCGACAGGUCUGCCUGUGAGCCAAACACUGCUGGACUUCAGAUAAGGAGACAUAAUGAAGUCGUGUCAGCGUGUGACACAGGCUCAAUCACAGCGUCUGCUCGGAACGGUUGGAAGAUGAAUGAAAAUGUGGUCACUGAUCUGUGUCCAGACAUUAUGUUAACAGUACAUCUCAAUCUAUGUGCUCAACUGGUGCCACGCAAGCUACGUUUUUUUUUCACAAUAACAUGCCGAAAUACAGUACAGUGCCAUAGUUACAGCUUUAAAGGAUUGUUGAAGAAGUAAUAAUUUGCAUCAAAUUUUCUUUGUAUACAAAUACACAUGUUUGAUAUCUAUAUAUAUAAAUAUAUAUAUAUAUUUCAGUCAUUUUUCUACAGAGACUUUAACAUUUAAAGAGAUGAUAUUUUUGAUACUGUGUUGGAUGACAGAGGUAUUUUGACGAAAGCCGACAUUCCCUCGAGGUACGUGUUGUUCGGCAGGGCUCAGCGGGAUGAUGUAUUCAUACAUAGCAACAGGAGGGUGUUUGUAUGGAUGAAAAACAAGUGCUUCAGUAAUCACCCUUCAAGAAACUUUACAGAAUGGGCUGCAUUGUGAGAAAGCAAAUGUAAGGCGCAGAAGAUGAAUGGCGUAAACCAAAUACCUAGUUGUGCUUUAUCAGACAGGAGGCGUGGGGCUGAAUGAAUGCACGGCUGACACUUCACUUUGUCCUGCUAUCACUGUGUUUUUCUAUGCAUUUCUGUGGAGAGGCUGUCUGUUGGUGGCUCCAACAUGCAGGCUGCUCUGCUAACCAUAACACAGAGUUAAGGAGUACUCCCUCUCAUUUCCUCAUUUGAAGCGGUUAUUUUCGUAGCCGCUAUAAACCCGACAAAUGUCCCGUUUAUCACGUUGCUUUCGGCCCAUUAUUCAUUGUUAGCUAAAUGAUGAUAGUAUUGACGUUUAGUAAUAUAGCACUUAUCAAAAACAGAGAUUAUGGAGUGCUUUACAAGUAAAUAAAAGGGAAGAAUAGGUGAAAACAUUUUAAUAGGCCAUUUUAGAUCAAAAACACGGCCUGUCUCCAUAUGCUGACUGGAGGAACCACACUUGUAAACUCCACCUCUUUGUUCUCACUGGACACAGAGACUGAAUUCAUGAACAAACUUCAAUCAGAAUAUGUUUUGAAGAUGAUCGGAAGUUCUCAAAAAGCUGUCGGUGAUAUUUUGUUGUGUGUGUCCACAAACUGGUGGAAAAUAACUUGUGAGAAGUAAACACUUUACACUUAAUGUCGCUGUGUCUGUGUGUAUUUUAUGGACUAAACAACAACUUCCAAAUGCAGAAAGGGUUGAUUUUGUGUCUGUGUUAUUCAUUAUAAGCUAUGCUCUUGCAAAUUAAUCUUUUAGUGUCAAGACUCUGUGAACUGGGAGUCAAACAGAGGCAAUUAAAAACAGGCUGCAAGAGCAUCGCCCUUAAUCAAAGUAGCCAAGAACCAGCUUGAGCAAAACAGUUCGGAAAGAGAAAUACAUUUAAUGGCACCAGCAGCUGCAUCAGUUAAUUGAAGAUUAGUGUGAUGAGAUAUCAGGCUGGCAGUGCUAAAGGCCAUCGCACAUUCUAAUGAAUUCUUAGCAGCUUGUCAUGGUCAUGCGCGGUGUAACGCGGGCCGAACCCAGCAGCUCAAUGCUUCAGAAAUACAGGACAGGGUCACAGGAAGAGGGCAGCGGUGGCGGUCUUGAGACGGGAACAUCACGAAAACAUGUUUAACUCACUGCCUUGGUACCUUCAAGCAAAGCAGCCAAUUCUAAAGUAAAAUGGUAGAAGAGGACAGCACGGGGCAACAAGUAAAAAACUGAAUGUUUUACCACUUUAACAUAGGAGGCAUUAUCAAUGACAUUAUUUCAAUGUAAGCAGUAUACACUUACUCAGCAGUACUUACUGAAGCUUAUAUUCGUAACAUAAUGAAUGUAUUAGUGAUAUACUAGUAAUAUUCUGAAUGAACUACGUUGACGAAUCAUGAGUCAGUGGCCUGUUCAAGGCCUCAUUUGAUUUCAGCGGUAGAAUGUAACUGAAGCACUUUAAGAACAGUUUUGAUGUUAUUGUACUUAACUUGAGUAUCAUACUUUGAAGAUCAACAUCUUGCAUACAAAACACAUGAUGCAUUGUUAGAGAUAAACUAGCCUACACUGUACAUAAGUAUAGUUUUAGAAAUAAUAAUGACACUAAUAAUACUCCAGUGGAACACAACUGUGCUUGUUUAUGUGUUUAAUUAUGUUUUAUGUUCAUGUCUGUGUGUGUUCUGUCGUUCCCCCUGGCUGGAAAACAAACGUUCUCCUUGGGGACAUUAAAGUUCGAGUUGAAAGUUGCAAUAGAGUACAUUUUGCUGCUGUAUCUUCAGUACAGUAAGUAAAAUCACGAAUGCAAGACUUGUAACCGAGUAUAUCAACAUUUACAUAAUGCAUAAUUUUCAGGGCUGCUAACAGUUAUUUUCAUGAUUUGAUUUACUGAAAAAUCUAUGUUCUAUAUAUAUAUAUAUACAUUUUUUUUUUUUUGCUUUAAAAAAUGACCGAUUUAUCGAAAUAGAUGGCGGAAGUUUCUGAUAAUCACUAAUCACUAAUUGUUUCAGCUCUUCAACUAUUACUCUUGAAAUAAACAUCUCAGUGCCUAUUUCCCCAGAGCCUAUUUGCUGUAAGGUGUGCUGUGUUAUGCUCUAGUUCUUUGUCACUACCAACAUUAAUUAUAUUGUUAUAUAUUAUUUAAUAAUUAAUUUAAAAAAAUGAACAAAGUCCGCAUUGGCUUUACCAGACGAAGGUCCUUACAUUCGGCUGCCAGCAUCUGCCGGAAUGCCACCUUUCCAAGGGCAAAGACAGGGUGCGCGUGUUUUAAUGAACCGCUCAGUCGGAUAACGAACGUGUCGGCAGCACAAUGGAAGAGCGGUAACGCAAACCCCGCCCAGGCGAACUGUUCUCGUAAUGCACAACAUGUUGCCGCUCUGUCGGUCACGUGACCGGGAAGGAAAAAAAGGAAAGUAGGAAGCGAGAUAAAGGGGGGAAAAAAAAAUAAAAAUAAACAACGAAGCGAUUAGCUGCCCGACAAGAGGAGGCGCCUUUAUACCCGCAGCCUUCCUUUGGAAAGAGUAAAGGAGACAAAAGAAGAUGGAGACAUGUUGAACUAUUAUCUCCAUGUGUGAUGGGAGGACGGCGGUGGAUGGCAGCUCGGUAUGAGAUAAGCACGUAAGAACUUUUAGGUAAGAACUCAUCCGCUGAAGAAGAGGAAGAGGAGGAGGGGGCGAGAAGAUGAAGCUGAACGAACGCAGCGUGGCGCACUACGCCACCUGCGACUCGCCGCCGGACAAGACGGGCUUCCUGUUCAAAAAGGGCGAGCGCAACACAGCGUACCACCGCCGCUGGUUUGUGCUGAAGGGCAACAUGCUCUUCUACUUCGAGGAGCGCGACGGCCGCGAGCCCAUCGGCGUCAUCGUCCUCGAGGGGUGCACCGUGGAGCUGUGCGAGUCGGCCGAGGAGUUUGCCUUCGCCGUCAAGUUCGACUGUGCCAAGGCGCGCAUCUACAAGAUGGCUGCGGAGAGCCAGGCCGCCAUGGAGUCAUGGGUGAAGGCGUUGUCGCGGGCCUCCUUCGAAUACAUGCGGCUGGUGGUGAAGGAGCUGGAGAGGCAGCUGGAGGAGAUCCAGGAGGCUGCGGGCGGCGGCUGUGUCGGGGCUGGAUUUGGAGGCCUUCAGGGCAGACCCAAGUCCUCCAGGCAAAACCAGGUGGUGCGCUCCAGGUCCGGGGCGUCGUCCUCUUCGUCGUCCUCCUCUUCCUUGUCGUCAUCGUCAUCGAGUGCCCCGACCACGGCAGGCCCCCUCGCCGCUCUAAAGAGCCUCCAGGACGAGGUGCAGCUCAUCUCCGAUUGUUCCAAGGUGAACGGAGUCGCGUGGAGCAAACCACCUGUCUCCUCGGCUAAUGGCUUCGUCGAGGGGGCGUCCUGUGUGGCCUGGGAGUCCUGCACGGACUCCGGGAACAACGCUGGGAUCGGCGACGGUCCCAACGGGGUCAGGGCUCCACCGGUGCCCCCCAGGAGAAGAGGAGCGUCUCUGGAAAGCCCCGUCUGCCCCGGCACCGGCUGCUUCUCCAAACUCCACGACUGGUACGGCAGAGAGGUGGAGGAGCUGAGAGUGCAGUGGCUGCAGAGCCAGUGAACUAAUGGAGGGGGAUUAUCUCUCUUUUUAUUUUUAUCAUUCCUUUCUGAUCAUUCUGCAAUGUUACAGCCCUCUGAGCCCAACAGACGGGUGACAAAACGCAGUCUUAUCACCCAUCAAAAACAGACAAAUGAAAACCGAUUGAUUUCAGAUCUUGUCUGGCACAGGGGAACCAGUCUGUCUUAAACAUCCACACUAUCUAUCCAUUGUACAAUCCAAGACAUUUGAAAGAACUAAAUCUCCUCUUUUCCACAGUUUUUGAGUGUCAUUUGCCAAGAACAGCUAAAAAAAAAAAAGUCAUGGACACAGUAUUUAAAAUGCUAAUCAUUUAUUAAAAGCAUCUGUCUUUUUAACAAGAUGCUAAACAGAUUGUCCUUGUACAAACAAUUCAGAAGAAUACGCGUUUCUGUUAAUAUAUUGCCAAUGUUAAUUUCUUCUGCCCUUCUAGCUUCCAAAUAUUCCAAAUAUGUGCAAUUGUUUUUCGGGUCCGUUUUAUUUAAAGCAGUAGCAGCCUCAAUUUUCCACUGAAUAGGUAAACAUGCAAAUUACGGUGCUCAGCAUCUGAAGAAUGCCAAAAAACUAAAAUCACCACAUUUAAGUAUUUUUCUGAUUCCAGCACGGGUGUUUUUGUUUUAUGUAAAUGAAAUAAAGAAGGCCACGUGAACAACGAUCUAAAGACAAAACAAACUCGCAUGGAUCAGGUUGCUCUGGUGACGCAUUGUCCACCCCAUACACAGGUGAAGGUAGCGGUGUGAUUCACGAUGAAGUAAAGGAACAGCCAUCAGGAAGCCGUUUGUACCAUUGACGAUAUUCUCACAGUCUAACAUACGGGCAGUAGGACAAUGAAAAUCUCUCGAGGUAAAGGCAGGUGUCCUGUGGUGUCCUGUGACUUCCUGUACACUGGGGAUAAGAGGUGUUUUUUUUUGGGGUGCACUAGUUCAGAUUCUCCUAACUGGGCACAUCUCACCCCAGCGACCUUGUGGCUGCUCUGGUCCGCGGUGGAAGCUGGAUGUCUCGCUCGGAGCUCCACGCUGGUAUUUUUAGCCCUCGUUAGCCGGCGGCCAGAUGUUGCUGUGUCAUAAGAGCGCUCAUCACUUAGUUCUCUUCUGACUCUCGCAUCUCGUAAAAAGGAGAACCUUGAACUCGUCGAGCCGUAACGCUUGUCGUUUGUGAGUCUCUGAUGAAUUCCAGCGCACUGUUCGGUCGUCACGGCUGAUUAACGUGAAUGUUACUGAGUGAGCGGAUCAGUUUGAGGCCUUUACUGCAUGUGAACAUCUACCCCCUUUGAUUUAAGUAUACACAUUUCACUAUUCCAUGUUGGAACAUUAACGCCUUUUUAAAAUGAUUUCUCGCACUGUGUUACUAUACUGCUUAUUAUUCUGUUUUUUUAUGUGCCUUAUGUUAUCUUUAUAACUUUGUUAUUGCACUUGCAACCAUUCCCACAGGCCUAUAGCAAUGAAAGUGUUACUGAAUUCCUUUCCUUCCUUCCUUCCUGACAAUGGCUCUGUUCCUUCAGCCUGCAUCAUUGCACAGCGCUAUCAUUACUGUUAUACACGCGGCUUGUACGGAAACAAUUGUGGGAAGAAGUGAUACAGUGUGGAUUGUGUGUUAUUUGUCGAGGCGGCAUGACAUGUAUUCACUAAAAUGAUUGUUGUUGUGCCAAUUGUAUUUUUCCAGAGGACCAUCAGCGUAAUUACAGAUGAUAAUGGUCCAUUGUUUUUAACAAUAAUAUGUAAAGGAAUUUGUGAAUGUGUCAAAUUAACCACAUGAAUGAUAAUCUUAAAUCAAGAGUGCCAAAUGAGGAAUGCAACCUGAAUGCACAAAUCAAAGCAAAUCGUCUUUCGUCGAUUGACUUCCACGAUUGUAGUCCAGUGUUUCAGUGUUAUCGUACACGAUGUAUGAAUUGUUUUAAAUGACCAUUAAUAUUUAACACAUUGUCCUAAAAUGGUACCCUGGCAUGAUGUUUGUUAUUAAAGCAUUCGCUGUAAACCACCUAAUAAACCGCGUUAACAUGU